AGUGGAAGCGCUCCCCGGAGCUGCCGUGGGUUUGGUACCGUCUCUAUCACCAUGCCGAAGGUGUCCUUUAAAAUCACGCUGACGUCCGACCCGCGGCUGCCCUACAAAGUACUCAGCGUUCCUGAAAGUACCCCUUUUACAGCAGUCUUAAAGUUUGCAGCAGAAGAAUUUAAAGUACCUGCAGCAAUGAGUGCCAUUAUUACCAAUGAUGGAAUAGGAAUAAAUCCUACACAGGCUGCUGGAAAUGUCUUUCUAAAGCAUGGCUCAGAACUGCGAAUCAUUCCUAGAGAUCGAGUUGGAAGUUGUUAAUAGCAGCUUCGAGGCGAACACUUUCAGAAUAAAUUUCAUUUU